AUGAAGAACAUCCCCACUGUGUUGGCUUCCAUAUUAUCACAGAUCCUCCUGUCACCUCUCCAACCCAACGAUAUUGGUGAUCUCAAUAGUGGCAACAUGUUGAAUAACACAACAAUGGGUAGAUUGAUGAAUCUGAAGGCUAAAGCGAAGAACGAGCACUGUCGUAUCAUCAAUACAGUCAUUUCCUACUUUGAGAAACCGAGAGAGAUUAGAGCUCAAAUUAUCCGCAAUGAGCAAUUUGGAUUUUUUUGCUUUGCUUUCGAUCUCAAUCCAGCCCAGGAGAUCAUUCAUGUACCCUGGGAGUUGGAGCUUGAUUGCAGGGGAGAAUUGAUCACCUCCUAUCAAUCCCUCACAAUAUCCAUCGGUGAAAUCAAGGCCACUAGACACGGUAGGGAGAAAGCAUUGGCUCAACUGAACCGAACCAUUUCCAUUUUGGACAAAGCAUCCAAAAUCAUCAAUGACCCCACCUGGAAAGUGUCAUUUCUAGGAUACUUUUUCUACACAACUAAUGAUAGUGAAGUAGAACGCUGGUCUCAAUCAACAACACCCUCUGGACAGAUCUCCGACUAUCCCAUUCAUUGA